AUGGAGGAAUUGCACAGUGACUUUAUAGGGCUACAAGUGACGGCUAGCAUCGCAGAUAGAUGGAGAGAACUGAGUGGUGAGAAAAACUGGAAUGGCUUGUUUAAUCCUCUAGACAUUGAUCUCCGCCGCUCUACUAUUAACUAUGGCGAUAGAGCAACAGCUAACGGUAAUGCCUUCAACAACGCGAAGCUAAGCUCAUCAAACUAUCGAGGAUUUAGCCGCUAUGCACGAAAAGAUUUCUUCUCCAAAAUGGGCAUACCAGUAUCAGAGAGUGAAUCCACCUGGAGUGCCUAUGUAGCAGUGGCAACAGAUGAGGGAAAGGCUCUUUUGGGAAGGAGAGAUAUUGUGGUUUCUUGUAGAGGAACUUUAUUGAAUGUUGAAUGGUUGAAAGACUUUGAUGCUGUGCUAAUAUCUGAUCCAGAGAUAGUUGGAAACAAUAACGCUAAAAUCCACAAGGGCUUUCACUCCCUCUACACAGCCAAAGAUUAG